ACAGGGCAGCUAUAAAAACCGGUGAUAAGCGCUUGGGGUCGACCACCCGAAGCCAUGGCAGCUCUCCACUCUUCCGCCCUCAUCGCUUCGGUAUCCCCUCGGUCGCCGGCGAGAGUAUCGCAGGUCUUUCAACGGGGCUUGUAUGGAGGUUCUGUAUCGGCGGCGGUAGAGGUACAAGUUUCUUCCUCGAUUGGCCGCUCGCGGAAUUUAUCUAACAGCUCUGCCUCCACGCCGUGGUCCCCUCUUCCUCCUCGAUACGGCUCCAGAUCGGUGUGUUGUGAGGCGGCGGGAGAAGGAUCAUCGGAAAGCUUCGAUGGAACUGUAUACAAGGGCAUCUAUGGUCCGUGGACAGUCGAGCCUUCGGACGUCAGAGAGGUGAUCUUGUACAGGUCAGGGUUAGUAACAGCUGCGUCAUCAUUUGUGCUUGCUGCUUCUACUGCUUUUCUUCCAGAGAAUGCUACCUUUAGGGAAUUUCUCAAGCAAAAUAUCGACUUCAUAUAUGUUGCCGGAGCUGGUGGAUUAGGUUUAUCAUUACUCUUGAUUCAUAUAUAUGUCACACCAAUCAAACGCUUUCUUCAGGCGUUGUGGGUUAUUGGCGUUUUUGGAUCUGCGGCUACAUAUGUCUAUCUGGCUAAUCCAUUAAAUGAGGGCUUGGUACAAUAUGUCAUAGAAAACCCAUCCGCUAUAUGGUUUGUUGGACCCCUCUUUGCAGCUCUAACUGGUCUUGUUUUCAAAGAGGGUCUUUGCUAUGGUAAGCUAGAAGCUGGUGUGCUGACAUUCAUCAUCCCUGUUUUGCUUCUUGGUCAUCUGACGGGAUUGAUGGAUAAUGGAACGAAACUGAAUUUAUUAGGCUUGUGGAUGGCUCUCUUUGUAGUGUUUGCCGCAAGAAAGUUUCAGCAACCCAUCAAGGAUGACAUUGGCGACAAAUCUGUUUUCAUCUUCAAUGCUCUACCUGAGGCAGAUAAAGAUGCCUUGAUUAAGAAACUCCAGCAAAAGAAUGAUGGCUUACUUGAUUAAUGCAAAACUAGAGGAUCGUGUUUCGGCCAAUAGAAGAUAUGCAAUAAAGGUACCAGAUGCCUAAUUUUCCAGAAUGUGAUCAAGAAGAGUGAACCAAAUGUAGGUUUUCAUAACAUAAUAGUUUAUUCAAGCCUUAGUUCUGUCUUACUUGUUUUUCCUGUUUGCAUAAUGCAAUGUACAGCUUUUGUAGAUUAACAAGGAAUAAUCCUCUACUUUGUACAGUUAGGUAAGUUUGUCAUUGUCAUCUUUGUUCCAAACUCUGUUAUUACUUUGAGGAAAAUUUGUUUUUAUUUGAAUAAUCAUUAUUGAAAUUUGAGCCUCA